CACACACACACACACACACACAGACCUCCUCUCUCCCCCUCUCAGGGACAUAACAGCGAGCUGCUCCCGUGUCACCCCCUCACCCGUCCACCUCUCGCGUCUCACUCCGUCUCUCGAGCAGCAGACAGCAGGAAACAUCCUUCACUCUUGAACUCUGACCUCUCCCUCCUGAGUUCUCAACCUUUCUAACCCGCUUGUCGAUUGAUUUUUUUCCCCGCCACAAUGAUCCGUUUUUCAGUUUGGUGUCCUUUUUUCUGCUCAGAUUUCUUCACGGACGGUUGAUUCCUCUGGUUUGCUGCUCAUGUUUUCACAGACCUUUUGUGUUUAUUGUCCGUUAUUUUUAUUAUUAGUCUUUUUAUAAUCUUUUUUUUUUUUUUUUUUUUUUAUUAUUUUACCUCUUUGUUUCUCUGCUUUUCCCUUUAAAAUCAUCACAUACUCCUCUGUGUAAUUACUGAUUUAUGUUCUGGUUUUUUUGCUUUUGUUUAUGGGCACAAACUGAGAAAACAAAAAAGUAUUCUUUUCUUUUAGUUCACGACUUAAAAUAUAUAUGUAUAUUUUUAUUGCUGAAUUCUGGCAAAACGUUAAAUAAACCACCAAAUCAAGUCCCGCCUUGCCGUCUUAGUGAUUUUUUGACUUUUCUUACACCAUGUGGUCUACCUUUUUUGUGACGGAUGAGGAGGGCCACACGGUGGUCCCGAUGGUGGCGGGAUCGGUUGCGGGUGCGCCGGUGGGAGGAGGCCCUCAAGGUUCAGGAGCUAUGACCACCCUGAUGACUGGACGCAGCACAUUCGGGGGGAACAAACGCCGCAGGACCACGUCAACAGGAUCCAGCAUGACAGAGGCUCAGGAAGGAAAGAUCAAACUGGCGUUCUUUGUGGCCAUUGUGGGUGUGGUCCUGACAGUCCUUGGGGUGGGAACAGAGUUCUGGGUGGAGCUCGCACCCCCAAAGAGUUUCUACAACAAUCAGACGUGUCUGACGGCUCACUACGGCCUGUGGAAAGGCUGCACCAAAACCCUGUGGGUGUCUGAUAUUGACCCAGAGAGAGAGAGCUGUGGACCCGCCAAACUGCCCGGAGAAUCAAACUGUACCUACUUCAAGUUUUUCACCACUGGAGAAAACGCUGUGAUGUUUCAGAAAACAACUGAGAACAAUUUGAACAUGGCUGCAGCCAUGCUGGCGUUGUUCAGCCUCUUCCUGAUGGUGAUGGGGGCCAUCUGCAUCACCAUGUCCCUGAGUAAAGAGAUCAUCUUCUUCCUCAAGCCGGCGUCCGUCUGCUUCAUUCUGUCAGGUGUCCUGGUGCUGCUGUCGCUGGUGGUUUUCCAUCAGUCGGUGCUCGCGUUCCUUGCUAGCGACCACACGAUUCCUCUCCACCACGAGCUCGCCUGGUCAGUGUCGUGUCUCGGGUGUGCGGGGGCCGUCCUCAUCAUGGGUGGGAUUCUCUUUGUGCUGCUUGCGCUACCUUACAGCCCCUGGCAAAGAUGUCUUCCUCAAAAGGACAGCAGCAGCUAGUGGCCUGGAGGUGGUAUUGCAUCUAACUGCCAUCUGUCACGGGGCAAGCAGGUCUUAGCAAACAAAAUGGGUUUUUAUAGGGAGUCGUGCAAAUUAUUGUGAGUUUUGGAUCAACUUAAACUCACACAGUGGUUUUGUUAAAGGACUUCUGAUAAAUAUUUCACUGGAAUGCACUUAAGUAGUAUUUAAUCACUUAAUUAACUCGUGCUUUAGUGCAGUGUAUCUUGGUGGCUUCCCUCAUUAGGUUACUUCACGCAGUCACUAGUUGUUUUGUUUUUUAGAUUUAUCACAUUGUUCCAUUUUGUUGUGUAUGUUUUAAGUGAUCUUGUAACACACAUAAUACUUGGAUUUAAAUAUAUGACAGCAUGAAAAAUUUGGGGACUCCUUGGGUUUUUACAAAUAAAAAUGUUUUACGACAAAAAUUUUCAGAUUUUCCAGAUUUUAAAAUUUCUAAAAUUAUGCUCUUUAAACUGAGUGAAGACAAAUGUCUGCAAAAUGAUAUAAAUUAAAUAAAAACUUCAAAUAAUGGAUUGCUGAAGUACUGCAGGGCAUCUUUUUAGUGUUACUCAACUAAAUCAUCACUUUUACAGCCGGUUUCCUUGAGACGAGUCACAAGUGGACACAUGAACUUUUCCAAGUCACUGAAUGUGUCUUUGACUGGCUGUAAAAGUGAUGAUUUAUUUGGGCAAUAUUGAACGAUGCCCAUAUUUCUGCAUUCCAUUAUUUUACCGUUGAUUUUUUAAAAUUUUUAUGAUUACAUAGAGACUUGUUUUCACUGGGAACUUUAAAAAACAUGUUUUUAUUUUUAGAAUUUGGAACAUCGUUAAUUCAGUUUUUUUUUUUAAUUAAUGUCAUUAAAAAUGUGUAAAAGUCACAGGAUGCCCAAACAUUUUCUUGCUACUGUAACUUGACUUAUGAAUAAUAAAUAAAAAAUGAGGCAAAAACAAAUAUAUAGACAGAAAAGAGUCAUUUGCUAAAAUAUUGUGAUAGAAAAAUACUGUACAUGAUGAAACAGGUCAAGAAAAAAAUGGACCUAACAUGUAGCAUGUUCCUGUACUUCAGAUCUUUGUUAUUGUUCUUACAAAGUACAUUUAAAUGACAUCUGUUAGCAAUAACUAUGGCUGAUACGUAGCUUAGAUGUAUAUAUAUUUUAAAAAAGCCGUCUUUUGUUGCAAAAUUGCACACGUUUCUGCAGAAAAAUAAUGAUUCAGGAGAUUUUCAAGUGAAAGUUGGAACAAAGUGUGAAAUAUUUCUGACCUGUUUUUAAAUCAUCAGAUGAUUUCCAGUGCAUCCAGAAAGGAUUCACAGUGCUUCACAUUUUCUACAUUUUUUUAAUGUUACAGCCAUAUUCCAAAAUGGAGUAAAUACAUUUUUCCCCCUCACAAUUUUACUCACAA